AUGGACAAGUCUGCCAAGAGUUUCGAAGGAAGAAGAUCGACCCUGAAGAAGAAAGCCAGCGAGCUCGCUGAUCGCUGCAAAGUCGAGGUUUGCGUGAUCUGUUUUGGACCGAAUGGCGACCUUGAAGUGUGGCCAGAGAAACCAACCAAGGCACAAUCCAUUAUUGAAAAGUACAAAGAAGCAAGCAAGAAAGGCAACAAGUGUAAGAGAAAAGAAAAGCUCAAUCUCUCUGACGUCUUGGAGUCCAAGAUAAAGAGUCUUGAAAAACAACUUCGUGAGGAGGAAACUAAUUGGGACUUUUCAGAUAAUGGAACUGGAGGCUUGUCACUCUGGGAUGAAGAACUAGACAAGUUAACCGAGAAUUCAUUGAAGAGUUUAUCAGAUUGCUUGGAGGCCAAGAUUCGGAUGAUUGAAUUGAUCAAGGGAAAACAAACAAUGCCGUCUAAUGAUUUUUCUAUGUUUUGA